AUGAAAUAUGCAUGGUCAACUGAAAUUGAUCUUGCAUUCGGAUUCAUCAUUCUCAAUUAUGGUUUCCUCAUUUGUGAGAUUCUAUUGAUUCUUUAUAUCAAAAACUUUUUUCAUAAUUUACCAGAUUUCAAUAAUUCAAUAAUUCUCGAUAACAAUCAACUCAUUGCAAACUUAUUCAGCGAAAAUACUUGCAAAAUUCCAUCAGCUUUGAUAGAAAGGCAAAUAAAUUAUGAUGAAAAAAUUACAGUCGAUACAAAAGGAUUAAUUAUAGAUGGAACAGUCAGACCGAAGUUUUCAUGGAAUUACUGUGCUACGUGCCAUCAUACAAGAACAAAAAACGUAAUUAAAUUUGCAUCAAGACUUAAAACUACAUUCUUACACCUCAAGGGCGUGUACUUGGCAGGCUCGUGUCAUAUAUCAGAUGGGCGCCGAGUAUUUUCAAGAGAUCCUCGAGAUAUUUUACCGUAUAAAAUAUUUAUUCCUGGAGAAACAAGAUCUUUCGCUGGAAAUUACGAUCACGCAAUAUGCGUUGGACAUAGAUGGAGUUCCUACUAUGGACACUUCAUUACUGACUAUCUUUGUCCCUUGAUGUGUGUUCCAAGAGAAUAUUGGGCAAAAUCUAAAGUAAUAGUUGGACUAGAGCCAGAGACUAAAAGUCUAAAUCAUGUUUUUGAUCUAUUGACAAUGAUUGGGAUCAAAAAUGAGAGUAUUCAUAUUCUUGGUCGAACAGAAUGGGUAUUUUGCAAUAAUUUAUAUACUGUAGUAGAUCCUCCGUCAUAUUUUUCUCAUCCAGCAACAUGUUACGUUAAUUUAUCGAAAUUAUUAAAUAAAAAUUUGAAACUACAAGAUGUCGAGGCAAAACAAUAUGUGAUAUGUAACAGACGACCACCUGCUAAUAGAAAGAUUGCAAAUUUUGAUGAGUUAUGGAAUUGA